UUUAAUACUAACCCCUGACCUUUGGAUUGAGCAUCCCCUUCCAAAGCAUUUACUUUUGCCCCCCCCCCAACCCCACCCCAUGGCAAACUCUGGAAACUACGCAGGCAUGCCUAGGGGACCAUCAGCCCUGGGUACUACUUAGUGUUCAGAUGGGGCCCAUACCAGCUUGCAAAGGGAAAACCCCUUCUCCCUCUGACUAGUCACAAAGGCAGGUCAGGUGGGUGUUCCAAGCAGGCGCCUCAUCUCUGCCUUGACCCAGAGCAGGGUGGGGAGCUGGCCAGAGACCCGCUGGCCGCUCAGCCUUGAGAUUGCAGAAUAGACACAACAAGGGAUGGGGGUGCUGGCAGGCGGGGGCCGGGUGGAGCAGGUGAUAUCCAGCUCUUAGGCUGGAGCCUGUGGCAUUGGGUGUCUCCACAAUCAUCUUCCCAUGGAUCGGACUGUGGUGCUCAUCACCGGCUGCUCCUCGGGGAUCGGCCUCCACCUGGCCCUGCGGCUGGCGUCCGACCCAUCCCAGAGUUUCAAAGUGUAUGCCACGAUGAGGGACUUGAAGGCUCAGGGCCCGCUAUGGGAAGCAGCCCAGGCCCGCAGAUGCCCUUCUGGCUCCCUGGAGAUACUGCAGUUGGACGUGAGGGACUCAGAUUCUGUGGCCGCUGCUCGGGCACGAGUGACCGAGGGCCGUGUGGAUGUGCUGGUGUGUAACGCGGGCCGGGGCCUGGUCGGGCCGCUGGAGGCACACGUGACCGGCGCCAUGAGCUCCGUGUUGGACGUGAACGUGGCGGGGACAGUGCGGACGCUGCAGGCCUUCCUGCCCGACAUGAAGCAGCGCCGCUCUGGGCGUGUGUUGGUGACCGGGAGCAUGGGAGGUUUGAUGGGUGAGUGGCCCAGGGCUGGGCCAGGGGCGCGAAAGAGGCAGAGCCUAAGACAGGGUUCAAGUACCUGUAGCCAGCUCUGCCGGCGAAGCAUGUGGCGGAAACAGAAGCGCGCGAAGCCUAGGGAGACAAGUGGGGUGCUGCUGCAGCCGUCGCGCGUAUCCGCACCAGGACACGCCUCAACAACCUCAUCUCGCCUCCAAGGGCUGCCCUUCAACGCCGUUUACUGUGCCAGCAAGUUUGCACUCGAAGGUUUAUGCGAGAGUCUGGCGGUUCUGCUGCCAUCCUUCGGGGUCCACGUGAGCCUCAUCGAGUGUGGCCCGGUGCACACCGCCUUCCAGGAGAAGCUGGAGGGCGGCCUGGGCGGAGCGCUAGACAGCGCGGACACCAAGACCCGCGACCACUUCUUCUGCUACCAGCGCCACUGCGAGCGGGUCUUCCGCGAGGCGGCGCAGGACCCAGAGGAGGUGACAGAGGUCUUCCUCAAGGCACUGCGCGCUCCGCAGCCCGCACUGCGCUACUUUAGCACCGAGCAUUUCCUGCCCCUGGUGCGCUUGCGCUUCGACGACCCCAGCGGCUGCAGUUACGUGGCCGCCAUGCGCCGCGCGGUGUUCGAGGACAAGUCUGCGGAGCGCCCCGACGGCGCCGCAGCGAAGCCCGGGGCCGCAGAUCUGGGGGGCUGUGAGCUUAGCGCCCCUGCUGCUGCCCAGCAAUAAAGGAUUCGUCCUCAUUCUCCAGAGCCUUCCUUUGAGUCCCCUGGGGCUGUGCGGUCCGGGGUGGGGGCAAUGGUGAGGGCCCCGGCUGCACUGCACUUGCCCAACCAGUGGCUGGCUCGGGGCUUCCGACGGCGCGGGCGGCGAGUGGGUGAUCAGGACAGGUCAAGUUA